AUGAUCUGGGCGAGGGUCCGUCGGUCGUGGAGGUGCGGCUUCGCCCACUCGACCAGCUGGUGCUGCCCUCUGGGCCGCCGCGUGUCGAUCGCCCGCUUCCCCGUGAGCAUCUCCAGCAGCACCACGCCGAACCCGUAG